GGUGGGGGAAGCCUCGCCCGGCCCCCCCGGAGCUGCGCAGGCGAUGCCCGCUCGUCCCGGGUCCCCCCCGCUCCCCGCCGCCGGGACGCCGAGCCGGGACGGAGCCGCCGCGACGCCGCGGACCGGGGGCGGCAUGGCCGGGGGGGACCGCGGGGGCGGCUCGGACCCCGGCGGGGGACACCGCGGUGCCGGGUGCCGGCGGCCGUGGCGACUCCUGCUGCUGGCCUGGCUCAGCCUGGUGGGCACGGCACAGGGUGACACGGGCUGUCGCUGUGACCGCAGGAGCAGCGAGGAGCAGCCGUGCGCCGGGGACCCGCGGCAGUACCGGCUGUGCCAGCUGCAGGGCUGCCCCAGCGGCUCCGUGCCUUUCCGGGCCAUGCAGUGCUCCCUCUACGACAACCGGCCGGUGCUGGGCACCUCCGCCCGCUACCGYUGGGUGCCUUUCCACGGAGCUCCCAACCUCUGCGACCUCAACUGCYUGGCCGAGGGGCACAACUUCUACUACAGCUUCGGCCGGGUACUGGACGGCACCCGCUGCGGGCCCGGCUCCCCGGACCUGUGCGUCGGCGGGCGCUGUCUGAGCGUGGGCUGUGACGGGAUCCUGGGCUCGGGCACUCGCCCCGAUGCCUGCGGCCACUGCGGCAGCGGCCACGGUUCGUGCGUCCUCGUGCACCGGCUGUUCCAGGGCGCGGACCCCUCCUCCGGAUAUUUCGGAUACGUGAACGUGACCAAGAUCCCGGCCGGGGCCACCAACAUCAAAGUGUCGGACAAGAGCCGCAACUACCUGGCGCUGAUGGCGAGCGACGGGCGCUACGUCCUUAACGGGGACUGGGCCAUCGCGUGGCCGGGACCCUACGAGGCUGCGGGCACCCUCCUGACCUACAGCCGGGCCCCCGACGGCACCGAGAGCCUGGAGGCGCCCGGGCCCACCCUCGAGGACCUGCACGUGAUGGCGCUGCUGCAGGAGCCCAACCCCGGCAUCGAGUACCAGUUCUGGCUGCCCCGCGGGCACCCGCAGCUCGGCCGUGCCGACACCAGCCCCCUGCGGCAGCCCCAGCCCCGGGGCGCCGGCAGCCCCCCGCCCCCGGAGCCCCCGGAAAAUGGACCCUACAAACCCUCCUUGAGACCCUCRGGAGCCCCGUGUGACCCUCUCUGGGGUCUGGACCCGCAAUUCCCCCUCCCAAAGUUGCAUGAGGGGGUUCUGAGUGUCGGGAUUACCCUCUGCCCCCUAAAUUGCUGCAGCUUUACCCCCUUAGGGCGCUGCGGGCGGUGCCGCCCACCCAAGGGACGCUCCCAGCGCAUCCGGCACUUCUGCCAGAGUGACUUCGUGUUCCACGGGCGGAUCCUGGCGCGGCGCUUGGUGGGGCAGGAGACGCGCUACGAGGUGGAGGUGAAGGCUCCGUACCGGCACCGCUUCCCGCUGGUGUCCCGGGAAUACCUGUGGGUGCCCAACACCUGCGGCUGCCCCGAUCUACGCCCCGGCAGCGAGUACCUGCUGAUGGCGCGGCGCCACGUCAACCACGAGCACACCCUGAACCGCAUCCUGCUGCAGGACGACGGCUACGCCCGGCCCUGGACGCCCCGCGAAGCCCGCCUGGUGCGGGAGGCGGCCCGGCAUUGUCCCCACCCGCGGCCACCCUGAGCCGCUCCCCGGUGCCACCCGGGGGCACCGCCGGGCACCGAACCCUUCCCGUGGCACCCCCCAUCACUAUGGACC